UACAGGAGUUACAAGACAUUUUGGAAAUCCAGAAUUUUGGAGGAAUGAGAUCUUACCUAGGUUUACCAGAAAAUCUUGGGGGCUCCAAAAUACAAGUUUUUAGCUUUGUGCAGGAUGAGCUAAAUAAUAGGGUCAACGGUUAGACUUUUAAGUUUUUCAGAAAAGGAGGAAAGGAAGUGAUCAUUAAAUCAGUGGUUACGGCAUUACCAAAUCAUGUGAUGUCUUGCUAUCGUUUACCGCAAAAAAAACUGACGAGCACGGUAGCACAAUUCUGGUGGAAUCCAGGGGGAAGUACAAGAGGCAUGCACUGGAAAUCAUAGGAUAAAGUAUGUAUAAAUAUGGAUGAAGGAGGGCUGGGAUUCAAAGACAUAACUAAUUUUAAAACAGUGAUGCUUGGUAAACAGUUAUGGCGUCUGAUAGAAAAGCCAAAUACUUUAUCUUCUCGAGUUUUUAAAGGUCGAUAUUACAGGAAUGUCUCACCCCUGGAACCGAUUCGUUCGUAUUAUCCGUCAUAUGGCUGGCGGAGUAUCGUAUCUGUUAGAUCUCUGGUAAGCAAAUGACUAAUCAAAAUGGUGGGAUCAGGAUCAUCUAUAUCUGUAUGGAAAUAUCCAUGGCUCCCAACCACUCGCCCGAGACCAGGUAAUAAAAACCAACAUAAUUAUUAUCCAGACCUCACAGUGGAUUCUCUUAUUGAUUCUACUUCGCGAACUUGGAACUCGCAGGCCCUCCGGACUUUGGUGGACCCCACAGGAUGUGAAAAUUAUAGAAAGCAUACCACUAUGCAGAACCCAGAUGGUAUAUAGAGAUGGAUGGCAUUUCACAAAUAAUGUGAAAUAUACGGUCAAAUCAGGAUAUCAGGUUGAACCGGUUUACUCAGACAGGGAAAAACCACCAUUAAUGUUUGGACCCACAAUUGAUACUUUGAAAGCGUUCUGUUGGAAAAUACGGUGCCCACCAAAGAUAAAACAUUUUCUAUGGCAAUUGGUGAUGGGGUGUAUAGCAGUCAAGAAAAAUCUGCAAGCGCGUGGGAUACAGGGGGAUAUAUGUUGUGCAAGAUGCGGAGCCGAUGAGGAAUCGAUAAACCAUGUGUUUUUUUAAUGUCCUCCAGCACUUCAGGUUUGGGCUCUCUCAAAGAUACCAUCAAAUUCAGCUAUUUUCCCAACAAGAUCUCUUUUCACAAAUAUGGAUCAUCUAUUCUGGAGAGUUUUCCCGCAGAUGGAUGAUCAUCAAUUUGCAUGGAUAUUAUGGUACAUUUGGAAAUGAAGGAAUAAUAAAGUUUUUAAUAAUCUGGAUAUUGACCCUAGAGACACGCUUAAUUUGGCAGAAAGAAAAUCAAUACUUUGGGCUGAGACCCAAAUAUUGAAUGAACAAAGGAGAGUACCACAAGUAGAGAUUACGACUCUACCGUCAAUCCGAGGAAGAUGGUGUUUCACAGAUGGUUCCUGGAAGGAGAAUGAUAUUUUUUCAGGACAGGGUUGGUUCAGUACUUUAGAAGGUUUUGAUGGGUUGAUGGGGACGAGGAAUGUUCGGGCUAGUCUCUCUCCUCUACAUGCGAAGGUGGAAGCGCUACUCUGAGCAAUGGAAUGUAUGAGAAACUUACGUCAAUUUCAGGUUACGUUUGCAACAGAUUGUUUUCAAUUGGUGAAAUGGUUUCGGAACUAGGAGAAUGACCAGUUUUUGCAAGUUAUUUGGAAGAUUUAAAAGUCCUAAAAGAAAGUUUCUUUCGAUCAGAGAUUAUCUAUGUACCAAGGACGCAGAAUACGAAGGCGGAUAGCCUAGCACACAGUGUUAGGAAGCAACCGUCUUUUGUCGUUCACAUGGAUCAAAAUCUUCCGAUUUGGUUUACAAAGUCAGUAUGAGUCUGUAUAAGUUGAUGGCAAAAAAAAAAAAAAAAAAAAUCCAAAAAUCCAUAAACCAAAAACUCAAAUCAAACCAAGCCAAACAGCAGAAGGCCUAAUAACGUAAACCGAAUUGAACCGGAAACGCACCAAAAACUAUAAAUCCACGCCGAUUUUCACCAGCUUCUCAUAAACCCUUAAGCCGGAUUUCAUCAUCUUCACCGUGAAAGAUGCAAGACGAUGAGGUUAUAUGGCAGGCUAUCAGACACAACCACUGCAGUUACAUGGCCAAAAUCGAAACAGGAAUAUUCUGCAGAAACCCUUAUAACGUAACAGGUAUCUGCAACCGUAGCUCUUGCCCUCUUGCCAACAGUCGCUACGCCACCAUCCGUGACCACGAUGGAGUGUUUUAUUUGUAUAUGAAGACAAUAGAGAGAGCUCACAUGCCAAAGAACUUGUGGGAGAGAAUUAAGCUGCCUAGAAACUAUGAGAAGGCCCUUGAACUCAUUGAUAAGCACUUGUUGUACUGGCCCAAGUUGUUGCAGCACAAGGUUAAACAAAGACUGACCAAAAUGACUCAGAUCCGUAUUCGUACCAGAAAACUUAAUCUCAAAACAAGGGAGAAGAUAAUGACUAUGGCAAGGAGGGAUAUAAAGAGAGAGCCAAGAAGAGAGGAAAAGGCUUUAAAAGCAGCACAGUUGGAGAAGUCCAUUGAAACAGAGUUGUUAGAACGUUUGAUGAAAGGCGUUUACCCUAAGAUACUCGAUUACCCAGAGCUUGUUACUGAUGUUCAAAAGGAAGUUGAAGUAGAAGAAGAAGAGGAGGAGGAGCCAGAGAUUGAAUAUGUUGAAGGCUAUGAUGAACUCUUGGAAGAAGUAGAAGAAGAUAUUGAAGAUUUCUAUGGUGGCUUCCCAUCUAAGGAGUCUCACCUUGAUGGUGAUGAUGAUUAUGACUUUGAAGAUGAUGAUGAUGGUGAGGAGCAAGUAGUGAUUCAUAAAAAGGGAAGAGCUGUGAAGAAGUUUGAUGGUAAUGGAAAGUCUAAGAAGAAAUCAAGAGUAGUUGUUGAGGUUGAGCAAGAAGAUGAUACUAGGCAAAGCCUCAAAAGCCUGAAGCUUUGAGAAAGAUGAUGAAUAAAAAAAAAAAAUUUUAAUAUAAAGCUAACAUGUUAGGUACAUUUACAAAUCAAAACCAUUUAUUUGAAAAGAAUCUUGCUUUUUGUUUUAAAUUUUUUCACUGUGAUUCUUUGUAUUCUAAGAGACGCAUCGAUGGAUAUCAAUACAUUUUAU